AUGGCUUCAGCAGCACGCCUGCAACGCCUACGCAAGCUUACCGAGGCAGACGUUGACGCACUACCUGAGCUAGCUCCAGACCCAACGUUCGACCACAGUGACGUCUCCCGCCGUGUGGAGCGGGAGCCUCUGAUCGACGGACAGCCAGCAGCUGAUCCCAUACAGCCUCUGCCCACGCCAAUCACCGUGCAGCCGAACACUGACCGCAGAUAUGUCUGGCUAAAGGACGCCAACACUUCGUACAACCCCGUGUCGAUGCUCAAAUCUCCCGUCAACACCGCUGCGCCAAAGCCAUCUGCUGCACUCCCCGCGACUGACCUCAACCGUGGUGACCUUGCCUCGUCUCAACUACACUUCACACCAAUCCAGGCUCUGGCCAAGUAUCCGUACCGUUUCUGCAACAGAGCUUACUCGCAGGACAUCGCCUCCGCUUUCUUUGACCAGGGCAAGUUCUGGGCGCGAGAGUGGGAUCUCUACUACCUUUGGGACAUCGACAAUCUUUCCAGGCCUCUUGUUCUCAUCCGCGAAACCCAGUUCCAAGACCUCCUCAACGAGAUCAACGACCACCUCAAGCUCAGCCUCCGCAUCACGGACCAGCAGCGCGAGGACGCCCUUGUAAGCCGCUUCCCGCAUCAUCCACGCUGUACACCUCGAUACCUCGGGCGCUCCACGUCUCGCGAGGAGUACGACAUGAUGGUCGACAGUGCGCCAAAUCAUAGCUUCCGCGCUGCGGGAGAACCCGGCAGCCUGCCCCCAGACGAAAGGACCCUUGAAGCCUUCAAGCAGCUCAUGGAGGAAUCGUUCGAAGCGCAAAAGGCCAAAAAUAAGGCCUCCAAAGCGAAGAAGCAGCAAGAGCGCCUGAUCAAGCAAAAGACCAUGGCUGAUCAGUUCAAGCGCGCUCAGCGGUACCUCGGUCUGCGUCCAAGUCCAGCCAAAGACAAUGCAGCUCCGAACGGACCACCCUCUGCAGUUGAUCCUACUUCGCCUGUGCCCUUCGACUUUGACCAAUCUGUCGUCUUUGUUUGCGUCGAUGUAGAGUCUUAUGAGCGUGCACAUGACAAGAUCACAGAGGUUGGAAUCGCCACACUAGACACCAGGGAGCUGGCCCGCGUUUCACCAGGUCACGACGGCGAGAACUGGAGAGCUUUGGUCCGCGCUCGCCAUUUCCGUGUCAAGGAGCACGCGCACUUGGUCAACUCCCAGUUUGUCAGCGGCCACCCGGACGGCUUCGAUUUCGGCCAGUCCACCAUGGUCUCCCUGGCGGACGCACCCACCCAUGUCGCUGCUUGCUUCUCGCCGCCUUUUGGCGCUCACCAAGGCAACAGCAGUGAAGGCAUCGUCGACCUUAUGCAGGGCAUGGAUUUGAACGAGAAGCGCAACAUCAUCUUCCUUGGUCAUGACACGCUCGGCGACGUCAGAUAUCUGCAAACCCUUGGCUACGAUCCCAUGAAGGUUGACAACCUGCUUGAAGCCUUGGAUACGGCCGUCAUGUACCGCGUCUGGCGCCGCGAGCAAAACCCUGCCUCGCUGGGAAGGAUCUUGUACGACUUCGACAUCGCCGGCUACAAGCUCCACAAUGCUGGCAACGAUGCGGUGUUUACCAUGCAAGCCAUGCUAGGUAUGUGUGUUCGUGAAGCCGCCAUCCGUGGUUCAUCUGAAUUUGACAACAUGCGGGAUAACGAGAAGUCAGUUCGGCUUGCAGAAGCUCUGGAGGAAGCCCAGAAGAAAGCAAGAGACGAGGCGGAGGGCUGGAGUGACCAAGAGCUUGAUGGUGACGGCGGUGCACCCGUGCCCAUUUCCAUCAGCCCAACCCUGCUUGCAUCAGCUCAGGCAGCGGACAGCAACAGUCGUGGUGCUUAUCGAGGCCGUGGUCGCGGACGAAGUGGAGCUCGAGGAACCUCGCAAAACGUUUACAACUCCUGGGACGGCAACGGCAUCAAAUCAGGCAGAGCAAGGGGCUUGCCAGAUCGGAGUCAGUACGGUGGCAUACGCAGCCGCACGCGAGGUGGCCACGACGGACGGUCCGACAGACAAGCUCGCGGAGACGACUCCUACCGCGGGCGUGCACGUGGCCGCGGAUCCUCCACGGCAUCUGACAACAACACCUCAGACCCUCAGCAGGUGAAUUAUCGCUGGUAG